AUGUCUGUUGCAUGGGAACGACUGAUCCGAUUCGUGGCCGUGGAUGGCCGCACGCUCCGAGGCGAGCCUAUCCUCCCCAGCCCGGACUUUGACUUGGGAACUACGACAGAGAGCACGAAGCUGCAGGCCAAAGUCAUCCAGGGAGACGAUAUCUACGACACUUCAGGCAGCACCGUGGUAACCGAGGAGGUCGUCACAGUAAAGCAGCUCCUCGGCCCGCUGUCCCAGGCAGACGUCCCCAUCCUGAGGUGCGUAGGCCUCAAUUACGCCAAACACAUCCGCGAAGCAGGAAGGAAGCCACCGCCAUUCCCCUUUAUCUUCUUCAAGCCGAACACGUGCGUGCUCGACCACGGAGCCAACGUGGUCAUCCCCAAGAUCGCCCAGGACGACCAGGCGGACUACGAAGGGGAACUCUGCUUCGUCAUAGGCAGGGACGCGAAGGACGUGUCCAAGGAAGACGCGCUGUCUUAUGUCGCGGCUUACACUUGUGGCAACGACGUCUCGUCCCGGAAGCUGCAGCGAGAUUCUGCGUUUGCUGGUGUAAUACCGCAGUGGGGGUUUUCCAAGGGCUUUGACACCUUUGCUCCGCUGGGCCCCUGUCUCGUGCGAUCUGACCUGAUCGGAGACCCUCAGAAGCUUGACCUCGCCACGGUUGUCAAUGGUCAGGUGAGGCAGCAGGAAUCUGUCGGGGAUCUCCUCUUCGACUGUGCCUACUUGAUUUCGUACCUGUCAAGUGGGACCACUUUGCAAAAAGGGUCUGUCAUAAUGACAGGCACUCCAGGUGGCGUCGGGAUGGGCAUGAGCCCUCCCCAAUGGCUGAAGCCGGGAGACAACGUCGAAGUGAAUAUUUCUAAGAUUGGGACACUACGCAAUGGAGUUGAAUAUGCAUGA